GCAUAUUAAUAAUUGAGAAAAAAAAUGAAACCUGCAAUUUGUACUUAUAUUUUGCAUAUCGGCGUUUUUAACUGUGAAGUUCUUUGCCUUCAGCGGAUGUCGGUAAUUUCAAAUUGAAAAGCAUAAAACAUUCUAAAUUUCUUGAAUUUUCGAAUAAUUCACGGGUGACGUCCCAAUGAGCGAAUACCCUGGGUAAAAUUGCCCAGUUUAUAAAUGGGAUAUGAUGGCAGAAGAUUUGAGGUUAUGUCAUGUUAUCAAAUUUGCAGAAGCGAAGUGUUAGUUUGAUGUAAAUAAUACCAUUAAAAAACGAUGUCUGUGGUAAUUGAAACCACUUUGGGUGACUUAACUGUAGAUCUUUUUCUAAAUGAACGCCCUAGGGCCUGUUUAAAUUUUCUAAAAUUAUGCAGUAUUAAAUACUAUAAUUAUAAUUUGUUCCAUACGAUCAGUAGAGGCUUUAUCGCUCAGUCUGGUGAUCCGACAGGAAGCCGUACUGGUGGAGAAUCAAUAUUUGGUAUUUUGAAUGGCCCAUCAAAACGAUAUUUUGAAGCGGAAAAUGAACCAAGAAUUAAGCACACUAAACUCGGCUUAAUUUCAUUUGUGGGAGCUGAAGACAAUAUGAUUGGAUCUCAAUUUUUUAUUACUUUAGGUGAGAACUUGGCGUACUUGGACGAUAAACAUUGUGUGUUUGGUGAAAUAGUGGAAGGAUUUGAUGUUUUGGAAAUUCUGAAUGAAGUUAUCUGUGAUAAUGAUGACAGGCCCUAUCAAGAUGUUCGUAUCACACAUACUGUUGUUUUGGAUGAUCCAUAUCCCAAUCCUAAAGGAUUACUUGUUCCCUCCAGGUCACCAUCACCUAGUGCAGAGCGGCUACAAGGUGGAAGAAUUGCUCCAGAUGAAGAAAUUGAUGAAAUAUCAGGCAAGACAGCCAAAGAAAUUGCCGAGAUGCAAGCAGAAAGAGAAGCUAAAGCUAGAGCUACUAUCUUAGAAAUGGUUGGUGAUAUCCCAGAUGCAGAAAUAGCUCCACCAGAAAAUGUGUUAUUUGUGUGUAAGUUAAAUCCUGUCACAACUGAUGACGAUUUAGAAAUCAUAUUCAGUCGUUUUGGCAAAAUUAAAUCAUGUGAAGUUAUUAGGGAUAAGAAAACAGGUGAUUCCUUGCAGUAUGCAUUUAUUGAAUUUGAAAAUCAGAAAGCAUGUGAAGAUGCAUACUUCAAAAUGGAUAAUGUUCUUAUUGAUGACAGAAGAAUCCAUGUGGAUUUCAGCCAAAGUGUAUCUAAAGUUAAGUGGUUGGGAAAGGGACGUGUUUCAUAUUAUGAUGAUACAGGAAAAAAACAAACUAAUGGCAAUCAAGAUAUAGGAAAAGGAAACUAUAGAGUUAAGAGUGGAAGAAGAUCUAGAUCACCUAAAGACAAUAGAAGGAAGUCUCCACAGAGAUUGCGAUCUCCCAGGAGGAGAUCAAAGUCUCCCAGGAGGAGAUCAAAGUCUCCUAGGAGGAGGUCAAGGUCUCCCUGGAAACGUUCAAGGUCUCCUCAUUUACAAUCACUUAAGAAAUCUGAGAGGUCUUUGAGAAAAUCGAGAUCCCCUAAAAUGAGAACACCUGACACUGCCAGAUCCAGAUCUGACAAAAAGGACAAGUCCCAAAAUCAUAAAGACAGGGAACAUAAAUAUCACAUGGAAGACAAGAAAAGGGACCGACAAGAAAGGAAACACAAAGAAUUUAGGUCUAAAAUAGUGAAUAGAGAAACACAAAAAAGAAGUGAAAAAAAACAUCUUGUGUCAGAUAGUGAUAGUGAGUUAGAUAGUAAAUCCUACAAAAAAAGGCACAAAACCAAAAAAUCAAAGGACAAGAAAAAACACAGGUCCUCAAGCAGUAGUUCAUGUUGAGGCAAUAAUUUGUUGAUUUUUGAAAAAUGGUGUUUUAUUUCUGAAU